CUCCAAAUACACACAGUUGCACUUUAUAGUAUGUGCAAUUUCCACACAGAUCCCUACACUCAUUAAUUUAUCUCUCUCACCAAUCACCUUCUCCAUCCUUUCCCUUUAAACAAGUUCGCAACUUUUUUGUUCUUUCUGCAACACUACCUCGGUUCACUCACUGGGUCAUCCUCCAAUUCUGUUUUAGAGCCACACAAUACAAAGAUUCCUCUUUGACUUUCAAGCUACAAAUAGCUGUUGUUUUUGAUCAUGGAUUCCCCACAAUCUGUUGUGUCACCCUUUAGAAGCUCAAUCUUGGGUGAGGGUGAGAAGCACAAGUCUGAUGUUUUUGUGCAAAGCAACAGUCCUUCCUCUAAGGAGAUUGAAGUCAACGGGAAGGAAACUAUCAUGUCAAAUGCCGAUGAAUGUGUUGGAGUGCUUGAUGUUUACAUACAUCAAGCUAGGGAUAUUCAGAACAUCUGCAUAUACCAUAAGCAAGAUGUUUAUGCUAAGAUUUGCCUGACGAGUAGUCCUGAGAAUGCUGUUUCUACGAAGACUAUCAAUGGAGGUGGAAGGAACCCUGUGUUUAAUGACAAUCUUCGUCUCAAUGUUUGUAAUGUUGAUUCGUCUCUUAAAUGUGAGUUAUGGAUGCUUAGCAGGGUGAAGAAUUAUCUCGAAGAUCAGUUGCUUGGUUUUGCUUUGGUGCCGUUGUCUGAAGUACUAGUUCAGAAUGGGAAGCUAGAGAAAGAGUUCUCGCUUUCUUCAACUGAUCUAUUUCACUCUCCUUCAGGGUUUGUUCAGUUGACAAUUGCUUAUACUGGUGCUACGCCUGAUGUUAUGGCAAUAUCGGCAAUGCCUGGCGAGGAGGCCACACGUGCUGCUGCGCAGGACUUGGAAACAUCCGAGUCAUUGGCCAGAGAUUUGGGUAAAAUUGAGUUUCCAGAUCCUAAGAUCGCGAAUGAAGAUCACUUAAUGGUUUCAGAAUAUUUUGGCAUUUCGUGCGAGGAGAGUCAAUGCUCUGAUAGCUUAGCCAAUUCUGAUGCUGACAAUCAUAGUUCUGAAGCCGGUGUUCGUCUAGUGGAAAGCUUCUCAGCAUGUAGCGGUGAGUCUGUGCAAGUGCAACCUCACAAGGCUGAUUCUCCGCCGAGCAGUGUGUCGACAAAUGGGGUUUCUUCUUCUGCACCCGAAAGCUCCGAAUCAUCUGAUGCUGCUGCUGCAGCUUCAAAGUCCCCGGGUGAUGAACAAGUUUCAGGAACCAAAGAGGUACAAAAAGUGGAUGUCAAAGAUGGUGAGAGUGAUUCGUCAAGUGUUGUUCCGAAUGAAUUAUUCCCUAAGCCUAUUGUGACUGUCAACAUAGAGCCAGAGCCGACGAUGGUGCAGCAGGAUAUCGUUGAUAUGUACAUGAAAAGUAUGCAGCAAUUUACCGAGUCAUUAGCGAAAAUGAAGCUUCCAAUGGACAUUACAAAUGAACCAACUAAUUCAGGAAAUUCAAGCACCGAGCAGAAACUACCGCAAUCUAAGAAUGCCAACUCCCGUGUCUAUUACGGGAGCAGAGCUUUCUUCUGAGUUUUUGCUUCCUUGGUUUAAGGAAUACGGGCAGGUGACUGUAGGUUUUAGAUUAAAAAAAGGGAUUUGGAUUCUCUGCAGUCACACAGUCGCGAAUCUAUGUCGUUAGAUGAAGACCGGAUCAUAUUUUAAAAUCAAUUCAGUGAAUUCGAAAUACAAUUGUUCUGAUCUUCAUCCAACAAACAGAUCCCUUGUGUGUGCGACUAUGUGCUUUCGUUGACUGUAGGGAAUUCGAGUUCGAGUCCAGAAAACUGAUAAUAGCAGUGAAGUGAAAUAAUGUAGUAUCUCCAGUGUGGUUUCUCCUUUCUGUAUUUCUUCUGAUGUUGUAGGUUACAGGGAAUAUGACUUUGUACUCUCACAAGCUUGUUGCUAUCUUAACUGUUACAUGAACUUUUUCUGUGUUA